AUGGCAGUGGUGGAGGAGGCACUGACAAUGCCACUGGAGGUGAGGAAGACGGCAACUUUGCCCACCUCUGGUCAUUCUGAAUGCAAAGCAGCUCACUCUGGCAUGACUCCUCCACUGGUUCCAAAGGUUAGAAGCCCUAGAGUCCCUAAAGUACCUGCCGUUCCAGGGAAUUCAAGAGGCCAGAUCACACCACCUCCUCCUCCAGGAAACAUCUGUGGAGGACAGAGUGCGAUAGUAGCUGGGGAUAGGGGGCUGAGCUUUCACUCCGGGGCUAUGCCCCAGGCCUCGGAGUGUAAGUCUGCAGCCCCACACUGGGUGCUUCAGCUUCUCUUGCUCCAGCUCUCCAGGACUCUGGUGCUGGAGGUCAGAGUGCCAGUGUUGACGCGUCAACUGAGAUAUGGAAGUGGAGAGGACAGUGCUGCAAGGCCCCCCAUUGUGGGCACAGGGAUGGCGGUGACUCGUACUGCCACCGUGGAGUGUCCAUGGAGGAUUUUUGAGCUGCUGCCAGUUCUAAUUAUCUUCAUGUUCUGUGAAUUUAAAGUUGUGGCAGCAGUGCCUGAAGAUAUGACAACAAGCUUUGAUCCUAGUGAGCCAUCAUUAGAAUCGCUGAUAUGUGUGGUUGCCAUUGCACUGCUUACCAUUUUCUUAUUUCUUUGGAGAGGAUAGCGAUCAAUUCAGAGCCGACUUUAUUUGAGUAAAGAGAAUAGACUGGCUGUGGAACUUGCAAUGGACAUCAAAAAGAAAUGUGAUCUAACUGACAAAGUGUGCCUUGCUCAAGAGGAGGCAACUUAUAAAAAUCUAGAAAGAGAUAAAUCUAAACUUGAAGAAGAAAUAUUACUUAUAGAGAAGAAACUAGAAGAAGAGAGAGCUAAACGUUAUGAAGAAGAGGAAUUGAUGAGUGGCCUUUCAAAAUUGAUGCAGUCUCUAGCAGAUGAAUCACAGUCUGUCAAAUCACAGCUAGCUGAAGCCAAAACCACACUAAGAAUAUUUGAAAUAAAUAAAGAACGACUUAAAGGAGUAAUAACAGAUACCUUUAAUUAAAAUUCUCAACUUCAGGAAAGCGUGCAUCAGUAUUUAGAAGAAGCUAAAAUCAUGAAAGAACAAAUAAAUCAACUCAAUAAACAGAAAAUAGCAAUCAAAGUAUCUAACGUACAGGCAGAGCAACUCCUAAAAGUUAAGGAAAAUCAGAUCAAGACUCUGAUGGAGAGCCUGCUAAGGAUGAAAGACUGGAAUCCUGUGCUUGGGGAAGAUGAAACUGAUGAUGGUAAUCUGGAUGUAGAAGUGAACAAUGACUUAGAGAAUAGCUCUGAACAAGUGUCUCUGCAGUCAGGUAAUACACAACUUGAAAUCGAGAAACAGAAGCUUCAAAGGAAAAUCACAGUGAUGAGGGAGCUGUACCAAGACAAUGAAAGGAUGCUUCACAGGAAAAUAACAGUGGAGGAAAAUUGUAGAUUGAAGAAAGAGGAAGAACUUUUCAAAAUGAACAAGAGAACCAGCCAUGUGAACAAGGAACUAGAGACCUAUAGACAGCGUGCCAAGGAUAUCGAAGAAGAAUUGGAGAGAACAAUUUUCUCCUAUCAAGGGCAGGUUCUUGCUCAUGAACAAAGGGCACAUGACUAUUGGGAGAGUGGAAAAUGUGAAUGGUAUUUGGAUCUGGAAAUGGUUUGGAAAUUAGUGAAAACUGGAAAUUAG